UCCUUUUCCCCUCCUUAAGCUGAUUGGAACUUCCAAGUUCCGUAUGAGUCAUAUGACCUGCUCUAACCUCCUCCUUUCUUCCCUCCCUAAAUUUCCCACCUCCCCAUUCAUUCACUUCUCUUCUCAUUUCACCCCUUUUUUCCUUCACCACUCACCAAUGUCUUCUUCUUCUCUCAAAAUCGUCGCCGAGUACGCCAAGUCCAAUCGCUCUACGUGCAAGAACUGCUCCAAAACCAUCCCUGCCAGCACACUGAGGUUGGGUUUCGUCACCAGAGAUGGGCGGGGUUUCGAUAUGACCCGCUGGUUUCAUUCUGAUUGCGCUUCUUUUGGUCCACGCCCUGUUUCUUCCGCCGAGGACAUUAAUGGGUUCGCCCUCUUGAAGGAUAGUGAUCAGGAAGCUCUAAGGAAAAUGGUUUGCAGAAGCCAUGAGUCUAAGGUCCACAAAAGGGACGAGGAUGAAGAAGAUGGAGUUGAAGAAGGAGAUCAAAAGAAAGUCAAGGUCCACAAAAAAGAUGGGGUGGAAGAAGAUGGAGUUGAAGAAAGAGAUCAAAAGAACGUCAAGUUGUCUACCUCUAGUUUGCAGCCAAAGUUAGACAUUGUCCUUACAGCUUCCAACAUAAAGACCAAGUAUAAGGAUGCUACACUUUUACCUAAAUGGAAGGCAUUCCAGACGCUCAUCUUUCUUGAACAGGAUGAUGGGCUACAUCAUUCAAGUAAAAUAGCUGCAUUUGAUUUUGAUGGCUGUCUAGCAAACACAUCCGUUAAAAGAGUAGGUGCAGAGGCGUGGUCUCUGAUGUAUCCUUCAAUACCACAAAAACUUCAGAGCUUGUACGAUGAUGGCUACAAGCUGGUAAUAUUUACGAACGAAUCCAACAUUGAGAGAUGGAAGAACAAGAGACAGGUUGCCGUGGACUCCAAACUUGGGCGUCUCAAUAAUUUUAUUAGUCAAGUCAAGGUCCCAGUUCAGGUGUUUGUCGCCUGUGGAAUAGGAAGCAAAUCAGGUAAAUCUGAAGAAGACAUGUUUAGGAAACCGAAACCUGGGAUGUGGCAUAUAAUGGAGAGCCACUUCAAUGGCGGCAUCCCCAUUGAUAUAGACCAAUGCUUUUAUGUGGGAGAUGCAGCUGGGAGAGCCAAGGAUCAUAGUGAUGCUGAUAUCAAGUUUGCUCAGGCUAUUGGGUUGAAGUUUUAUGUUCCUGAAGAGUUUUUUGUUGAGUAAAUAUUAGAAAUUUUGUUUCACCAGCCUAGAACAAGAAAAAGGUUGUGAUUAGCAAUAGGGUUGUAAAUGGUAAUUAAUUACUUGAGGCAUUAGUAUUAGUAGUUGAGACUUGAAAUUAACUGACGAAUGUCGAAGCUGUAGUUGAAAUGUGAUUCAUUAACUGGAGGAUUUUCAAUUCAGACCCAUCUUUUAUAA